AUUUGCGGUCGGUAAUAUAAUAGAAAAAGAUAGAAUUAAACUGCUUCUCUAUUUAUCGGCUGGAUGAUGUACCCGGGGACGUUACACUAUCAUCUACACGUUCGAUUAACAUAAUAAAAUGGACUAUUUACGCACUAUAAGCAUUCACAAAAUAAAUAGACUUACAACUUAGUGAACAUCUUUAUGGCAAUUUCCAAACAUCGAAUAUGCAGUUCUCGGAAGUGAGAAAUAAAAUAUAAUCUGUACACUGAUUUUGAAAAGACACAGUCGAAUUUUGCAUUGUAUUAUAUACAUCUUAUUUGCUUACUUUUCUUUCAAGCAUUGAAAUAUGUUUUGAACAUUGCCCCAUGUAUCUAAACGUACCAGAUGAGGCGAUUUCUUUGAUUAGGAAUCUAUAUGUUUAAAGAACUUAAUCUUACACUGUACUAUUUACUUUAUGUGUCUGAUAAUGCUUGCAUUUAUUGUUCUUAGUUAUUACUUCCAAAAAGCCAUUCUGGAGGAGUCGUCUGCAUUGCAUCACCGAAGAGAUUGGUCAAAUAAAAAAACUAUGCCUUACAUAGCUAAUGGUGUUAUUGUACAUCAAAUGGCCCGCCAAUUUGUACAUGAUGUAAACAACCGGUGCAAAGUACCAUACGUUCUGACCAUCAUGUGUGGUGUGAUUGCCCUAAGCCUUCAUUUCUUUUGCCUUUCUGAAACUGUGCUUCGGACUGCAGAUAUCAGAGAAACAAUCUUAUCGGUGUUAUUGAUCAUAUCUACAUUGGGAUACAUGUUUUGGUUAAACCUCGCAGUGGAAUUCAUCAUCGACAGCGCUUGCAGCAUUUCCUUAAGAACAUACAGUACCAAUUGGUACGAAACGUCGGUAGCAACGCAGAAAUUAUUGCAACUGAUCAUAUUGAAUAGCCACAAAAGUGGUUUCGUGUUUAACUUUCUAUGCGUCUAUGUUCCAUCAAUGGAAGGUUUUGCUGUGGUACGUACAAUAUCCUAUUACGAUCCUCUAAAAACAAUAUUCUGUAUUGAAUUCUCAUUUUUCAGCUUUUGAAGGUGUCGCUAUCUUAUUUUACAGUUCUCCUGUCAAUUCAAUAAAUCUCCCGGUUGCAUGGGUAAAAUGCAAUAAAUGUUCAGUAUACUGAGAACAUUGAUAUGAAUAUGUUAUUCUUUUAUUUUAUAGUGUGGUAGUAUUCUUUAUUUUGACCCCCAAUUUACGAUGUUCACUGCAUAGUUAUUAAAGAUUAGUUAACAAAUUUUAUUAACCAAGUCAACUCCUCUCCUUUCCCAAUUAAGCCUGUUUAAUUUCAGUAUUGGUAUUAUAAUUGUAAUGUAAUAUAAAUUCGUGAACUUACAUCACCGUUAUCGACCAUCCUAAU